GCCGGAAGUGCAGCCGGCAGAGCGUGCCUGGCCGGGGCAGCGGUGACCAUGGCUGCGGCGAGCCCGGCUCCCAGCCCCCCGGGCUCGGCUCCCGAGCCGGCCGCCGAAGCUCCGCUGCAGUACAGCCUGCUCCUGCAGCACCUGGUGGGGGACAAGCGGCAGCCGCGGCUCCUGGAGCCCGGCGUCCUGGGCGGGAUCCCGAGCCCAGCCAAGAGCGAGGAGCAGAAGAUGAUGGAGAAGGCCAUGGAGAGCUGCGCCUUCAAGGCCGCCCUGGCCUGCGUUGGGGGAUUUGUCUUGGGAGGAGCGUUUGGAGUGUUCACUGCUGGCAUUGAUACAAAUGUGGGCUUUGACCCAAAGAAUCCCGAUCGCACACCAACUGCAAGAGAAGUUCUUAAAGACAUGGGACAGAGAGGAAUGUCCUAUGCCAAAAAUUUUGCCAUCGUGGGUGCCAUAUUUUCCUGUACUGAGUGUCUGGUAGAAUCCUAUCGAGGAAAAUCCGACUGGAAGAACAGCGUCCUCAGCGGCUGCAUCACUGGAGGAGCCAUUGGCUUUAGAGCUGGUUUAAAGGCUGGGGCCAUCGGCUGUGGAGGUUUUGCUGCUUUCUCUGCUGCAAUCGAUUAUUACUUACGAUGAGAGAAGCUUCUCCUGGGUGAGGAGCCCAGCACCCCUUAUCAGGAGCCACACAGUGGAGGAGGCCCAUUGUUUAAGCACUUUGCCUGGGCCAUGAGUGUUAAAGAUUCACUAGGUUUGUUUCCCCUCUCCUUGAGUGGUGGGUGACACAAGGCAGGCUCUGUUGGCUGCCCCUGCCGCUGCCUCCAGUUUCCUGAGCAGAUACGCUCAGCUCUUUCCAGGUGCUGGCAGACUUCCUUUCAUGGUGAUCUUCAGUCCUUCGUGGACUCCACCCAGAGCUUUCUAGUAAGAAAUGCCACAGAAUAGCCCCUUCGGACAGAUCAGGGACAGUUUGUUGACUUCAAGGAGUUAUGAAUCCUGACUGCAACUGUCCAGCCUGCCUUUGUUACUGCUAAAACAGACAUUCUUCACUAUCCUAUGUUGGGAUUUAUUGCAAGCAACAUAUCAGAAGGUUCCCUUAUUUGAGGGAAGGGAGAAGGUCUGGGGGGCAAAGUAAAAGUUACUCGUUCCUCCUAGCCCCUCCUGUGGCUAGAAAGUGGUUCCAUCUAUUGGCUACCACCAGGUCAUCCUUGCUAUGGAAAUUGUAUAUUUAAAUACAGUUUGAAAAGACAAA